UUAAUUAUUUUAGUAAAAACAUUUGAAAAAUUAUUUUAAAUUAGAAGACUUUUAUAAAUACAAUAAAAUAGCACGAUUUAUUUAUUUACAAUAGAUGGGACCAAAUGGUAUCUGUGGUUUACAUAUAUACAUAAUGGUAUCUGUGGUUGUGUUUGUGGCAGUAGUGUUUCAUAUUCGAUAAAUAUUUUGGUUACAUAGGUUGGAUUUGAAAAUAAGUAAAAAUAUUUAUUACAUAAUUAAUUUGAUCACUAUUUCGUUUCCAUAUCAAGUUGAAUCAAAACUAUGGAGGGGAGAAGAGAGUGUUGAAGACGAAUCUCCAAUGGACAAUUCGGAGUCCAUCAAAUUCAACUUUAGACGGAUCCUUAGUUUUUCUUUUGGCUCCCAAUUUGCAUGCUCAACCUAAUUCAUUUCUCUCUUUUCUUCCCUAUCAAUGAACAAUCCGCCGUCUAAUGGCGGCCGGAUCCUUGAAGAGAAGGCAGUCUAAGCGAUCCAUUUCCAAGCCUUCUAUAGUCAUGGCUUCUCGGCCUUCUUAUCAAUCUUUCCUCACCCAUAGAAGCACUGCCCUCUUAGUUUCCAUUUCUUUGAUUUUCUUUGUUGUUCUGGUUUCCGGCAUUUCUUUGAAUGUAUUGCGUAGAUCGCCCAAAUAUGAAGUUCAAUCGCCAAUGAUUUACUCUAUUGAGGUGGUCAACGAAUUUCCUCACGAUCCUCGAGCCUUUACUCAGGGACUGGUUUAUGUAGAAAAUGACACCCUAUUUGAGUCAACUGGCCUCUAUGGACAGUCAUCAGUUCGAAAAGUAGCUCUCUCUACUGGGAAGACCGAGGUUCUUCACAAGAUGGAUGACUCUUACUUUGGGGAAGGUUUAACACUUCUUGGGGAAAGGCUGUUUCAAGUAACUUGGUUGAAGAAAACUGGUUUCAUAUAUGACCAAGACAAUUUAAACGAAGUUAAGGAAUUCACUCAUCAAAUGACUGAUGGUUGGGGAUUGGCAACAGAUGGAAAAAUUUUGUAUGGAAGCGAUGGAACAUCAACAUUAUAUCAAAUUGAUCCAGAGACAUUUAUAGUUACUAAUAAAUGGGUUGUGAGAUAUCAAGGAGAUGAAGUGCAUAACCUCAAUGAGUUGGAAUUUAUCAAUGGAGAAGUCUGGGCAAAUGUUUGGAUGACAGAUUGCAUCGCCAGAAUCUCUGUACGUGACGGAAGCGUGCUUGGAUGGGUUCUCCUCCCGACUUUGAGACGGAAAUUAUUGCAAGAAGGGAAACAAAUUGAUGUUUUAAAUGGCAUUGCAUGGGAUAGUGGCAAGAAUCGCCUUUUUGUGACAGGAAAGCUAUGGCCGAAGCUCUAUGAAAUCAAAGUGCAGCCAUCAAAGGAGAAUUAUGGUGAUGAAAGGAUAAAGCAGCUUUGCUUGCGAGAGGCAAUUACGUUUUGACUAACAUUAUGGUCAUGAACGAGGUUGACAUCCACACGAGGUGCAGUCGAUAUAUACAUGAAGUUCACUAUUUUUUUAGAUAAUAUUCUGCCUGCACUCGGUGUGAUAGCAAAGGAGACCACUUAUCUAUAUGAUAUGUUCAAGUUUCAACUAUAUUACUAAAGUUAUGUAAUUAUAGUCUAAAUAAAAAAAUACGAGGCAAGUAAUAUUUGUAGGAUUUGUGUUUAUUCGAAUCCUUGUGCUUUGAGUACUUUGAAUAUAGGGUAGUUUUUGUAAUUUUUCUAAUAGUCACAGCACAUCAUUAAGGCCAGUCUUAGGAAUUAGAGUUGUUUGUAUCUUCAGCACUAAGCACAAACUCCCUGCUUUCUCAAUCAUUUUUAAUUAUUGUUCAUCAUUAUUUUCUUUUGGGAAAA